GAGAGAGAGAGCGCGCGCGCAGGGACUGAAGAGGCAGAGCUGCGCGGCAGCCAUCUUACAGCUUUCACCGUCAACCGAGCUACAUCUCCUGGAUAUUUCUUUAACAAAGGCGAGGUGUACGAGGAGGAAGGCGAGGAAGCGCCUCUUUUUCAGCUUCUUUUUGGUCAUUUGAAGCUAAACUGCGGGAUGAGGAACAGCAGGUCCAAGCCUGUGUGCUCAGCGGGCGGACUGCUGCUGCUGCUGCUGCUCGGGCUCUUAUGCGCGGUGGAGGCAGCCAAAGUCAACAAACAUAAGCCAUGGAUUGAGACGACAUAUCACGGCAUCGUGACAGAAAAUGAUGACAAAGUUCUGCUGGACCCUCCACUGAUAGCGCUGGAUAAAGACGCCCCAUUGCGUUAUGCAGAAAGUUUUGAAGUGACCUUCACCAAAGAAGGGGAGAUUUGCGGCUUCCGUAUUCACGGCCAGAAUGUUCCGUUUGAGGCGGUGAUGUUGGACAAGUCCACAGGCGAAGGAGUGAUCCGGGCCAAGGACAAGCUGGACUGUGAGCUUCAGAAGGAGCACACAUUCACCAUCCAGGCCUAUGACUGUGGAGAGGGACCAGAUGGAGCCAACAUGAAGAAAUCUCACAAGGCAACUGUCCAUAUCCAAGUGAACGACAUGAAUGAGUACUCACCCGUGUUCAAGGAGAAGUCAUAUAAGGCUACGGUAAUCGAGGGCAAAGCGUACGACAGCAUCCUGAAGGUGGAGGCAGUGGAUGCUGACUGCUCCUUCCAGUUCAGUCAGAUUUGCAGCUAUGAGAUCGUCACCCCUGACGUGCCCUUCACCAUUGACAAGGACGGCAACAUCAAGAACACUGAAAAGCUGAACUACAGUAAGGAGCGUGCGUACAAGUUGACAGUGACCGCCUUCGACUGUGGGAAGAACCGUGCCUCUGAGGACGUCCUCGUCAAAAUCAAUGUCAAACCAACCUGCAAACCGAGCUGGCAAGGCUUUAAUAAGAGAAUUGAGUACGAGCCUGGCACAGGAAGUCUGGCCCUGUUCCCCAGCAUUCGUCUGGAGACCUGCGAGGAGCCGAUCACCUCCAUCCAGGCCAGCAUCGAGCUGGAGACCAACCACAUCGGCAAGGGCUGCGACCGAGACACAUACUCUGAGAAAUCCCUGCAUCGUCUGUGUGGUGCCAGUUCCGGCACUGUGGAGCUGCUGCCCUCUCCCAGCAGCGCCACCAACUGGACCGCAGGCCUGCCCACUGACAACGGCCAUGACAGCGACCAGGUCUUUGAGUUCAAUGGCACUCAGGCUGUGAAGGUUCCUGAUGGUGUGGUGAGCACAAACCUGAAGGAGCCCUUCACCAUCUCAGUGUGGAUGAGGCAUGGACCUGGUGGCCGGGAGAAAGAAACCAUCCUCUGCAACUCUGAUAAGACAGAGAUGAACAGACACCACUACUCCCUGUAUGUGCACAACUGCCGUCUGGUGCUGCUCCUGCGUCAGGACCCGAGCGAGGCAGAGAACUACAAACCAGCUGAAUUCCACUGGAAACUCGACCAAGUCUGUGAUAAAGAAUGGCACCACUACGUGCUGAACAUCGAGUUCCCUGCCGUGUCUCUGUUUGUGGAUGGAGCUUCCUUCGAGCCUUUCCUGGUCACGGAGGAUUACCCUCUCCACGCCUCCAAGAUUGAAACUCAGCUCACUAUUGGUGCCUGCUGGCAAGACCUCUCAGGACAUGACAAUGACACAGAGGCAGGCUCAGAGCCUUUGACAGGUGGCAGCGCUCACAUGACCCAGUACUUCCGUGGCAAUUUGGCCGGACUCAUGAUCCGCUCUGGUAAACUGGAGAAUAAGAAGGUGAUCGAUUGCCUGUACACGUGUAAGGAGGGUCUGGAUGUGCAGCUCCCGGAGGAAGUGGCUUCUGCUGUGAAGGUGGACUUUAACCCCAAUCAGUCUUCUCUAACUCUGGAGGGAGAUGAUAUUGAGAGCUUUGAGAAAGUCAUGCAGCACAUCUCCUACCUGAACUCCAGGCAGUUCCCCACACCAGGAAUACGCCACCUGCGUGUCACCACCACCGUCAAGUGCUUUAACGAGGAAACGUGCAUCUCGGUGCCUGAUGCAGAGGGCUAUGUGAUGGUCCUUCAGCCAGAGGAGCCAAAGAUCAGCCUGAGUGGAAUCGACCACUUUGCACGUGGAGCGGCUGAGUUUGAAAGCACUGAGGGUGUGACGCUGUUCCCUGAACUGCGUGUUGUCAGCACUAUCACACGUGAGGUGGAGGCUGAGGUUGAGGGAGAGGAUGAGCCCACGGUGCAAGAGUCUGUGGUUUCUGAGGAGAUCAUGCAUAACCUGGACACGUGUGAAGUGUCUGUAGUUGGAGAAGAUCUGGAUGGAAAUCACGAGAGUCUGGAGGUGGAUUUGGCUCAGGUUCAGCAGAGAGGCCUGGAGAUUAGCUCCUCCAACAUGGGCAUGGUCAUCACUGGUGUAAACACCAUGGCCAACUAUGAGCAGGUCCUGCACCUCAUCCGUUACAGAAACUGGCACACAGAGGCUCUGUUUGAUAGGAAGUUCAAGCUGGUCUGCUCAGAACUCAAUGGCCGGUACAUCAGCAAUGAUUUCAAGGUCGAGGUCAAUGUGAUUCACACAGCUAACCCAGUUGAGCAUGCUAAUAAUGCCAUGUAUCAGCCUCAGUUCAUCAACCAAGUCAAGCAUGCCUCAGUGGACCUGACUGGACACAACCUGGCCAACACACAUCAAGCUUCAGUUGUCCCCAGUGCUGCCACAAUCGUCAUCGUGGUGUGUGUAAGCUUCCUGGUGUUUAUGAUUAUUCUGGGAGUGUUCAGGAUCCGUGCCGCUCACCAGCGCACCAUGAGGGACCAGGAGAAUGGCAAAGAGAACGAGAUGGACUGGGAUGACUCUGCCCUCACCAUCACAGUCAAUCCUAUGGAGACUUAUGAGGAUCAGCACAGCAGCGAAGAGGAGGAGGAUGAGGAAGAGGAGAGUGAAGACGGCGAGGAGGAAGACGACAUCACCAGCGCAGAGUCAGAGAGCAGCGAGGACGAGGAGGGGGCGGAGCCUGAGGACCAGCAGGGCACCAACCGACAGCAGCAGCUGGAGUGGGAUGACUCCACUCUGACCUACUGACGCUGCCGAGCACACACACCACUCUGAUAACACACACACACACACACAAACACACACAAAACUCCACCCACGUACUCACUCACUCACUGUCUCACCUCUCCACCAGUGGGGAGUCCCAGUUUUCCUUGCCAGAUUCCCCACCUACGGAGCCAUGAGUAAAAACAAAAAGGUCCUCGAAGCAAAAUCCAUAUAUAUAUAUACCUACAAAUACAUAUAUAACUAGUGUCUGUGGUGACGGAUGUUGCGGAAUCAGCUUAAUUUCCACUGGCCAAGGCUUCCCUGGUGUCAGCUUAGUGGUGAUGUUCAGUGUAGUAUAAUUAUCACGUAAUAGCUGAAUGCUAAUUAAGGUUUUAAUUUAUUUCUUUAUUAUAUAUAUUUUUUUUAAUUUGUGGGAUACCUGGCCUAGAUUUUAUUUUUUAUUAGCUCUGUAACAAUAUAGCCUUGCACCAUUUUCCUUGUUUUACAUGUUACGUUAUUAAAACCGAGAAUGAUUUUAUGUAUAUUGCACACAAAUUUUGGAAUUAGUUUGCUACAGAAGUUUAAAGAGAAGUUUUGCCUCUUUGCUUUUGAUAAUGCUUCUUGCUCUUCUUGGUCCAUGUUUCUUUCUCCUCUUUAUAGUGCAUGAAACUUUGCAAAGUCAUGCGUGUAGAAGAACCUUGCUUUUUGAUAUUUUGUAAAUAUGAUGAAACCAUGGUGUCCAGUAUCUAACUGCAGUACCCACUGUAGAAUACAUUUUUUGUGUUACAGAGGCUCUAGCAUGUUUUGGAAAAUUUGGCAAAGCUCUUCCAUCGUGCUUGUGCGCUUUAGAGAGAGAAACCCAUGACAGAGGCUGAGGUUUCUGUGGCAAAGUGUUGCUUAUUUUGUCUUGUCUUUUGGAGGUGGGUGGUGGUGUUUUUUUUUUUUUUUUUUCUUUUUUUUUUUUUUAUUUAACAGAGUGGGCGGGCGUGAAAUUGGCUAAUUUAGGCUUGCACAGGUGCAAAUGCUACAACUUGAGGCGUUGUUGUUUUUAAUUUCUGUGAAGUCCACUAUUGGACAGAGGUUUAUACUUUGGACCCUCUGAAUAAUCAUGUUCAGGUGAUGAUUAUACAUUUAAAUGGUACUGUAUGUUGUACAGUUUAGACACUCUGCAUUUAAGCCAUCUUGGAGUGGUAGUGGUACUUUUUCCUGUAACGUUGUCUACUCUGUCAUAACCCCUUCUGAUCAAGCCAGUCUGAUGUAACUUGGACAAACGGAGCCUCUGGAGUUUGGUGAUGGUUUAAGCUUCAUAACAUCUGGGAAGUGCCAUGAUGGAUGAAAAUACUCCGAUCCUCCCGUACUCCAGUCAGUUGCAUAAAUGUAAUUUGGGAUAUUUAUUCUUUGGUGUAUAAUUCUGCUUGAUUUACUCAGUGUGAUUCACUGGCUGCUCGGUCAUUCCAGUCUCAGAAUAUAUUUUAUUGGAAUAUCCAGUUAGAUGUACGCUUGAGGAAUUACGUUUUGAUAUAAUCAUUGACGGGUACGCUUAAAAAAAAGCCGCUAAGAACCGUUAAGAAUUAUUGUAUACGGAGGUGUGUUCUGGUAAACUCUAUACUUCAGGCAACGGUUUUAAGACCUCUGCAGGCUCGUCUGCAGGUCAUUCGUCCAUUUUAUUUCUCUUGAAGCAGUGGUCUAUUGCCUUCCUGUAUCUGUAUAAAGGCCAGGCUCUGUGGAUUCAGCUAGAAGGCUAUGGAAAGCAAUGUUAAAUAUUUGCGGUAAGGAGAAUGUUAACGUGUAGAGGGAAUGGAUUUGGGUGAAGUGUUACACUAUUUAGAUUGUGGUUUUCUUUAUUCCUUGCAUGGAAGUUUUCUGUUUACUGCUGAAAUCCAAAAGUUUUCUUAUGUUCUGUUGUUACUACUGCUGUCACGAUUAGUCCAGUUUAGUUUCUGCUUUUAUGACUGGCUGAUAAGGACAGUUAGAGAUCAUUCAGAGUGAUUUGGAGUGUCCGAUAAUCUUCCCUUAAUUGGAAAUUUUUUGUUGUUUCUCAUCACACUUUGAUAACUGGUUCCCCUCGGAAAAAGCUCAGACCUGAGCUGCAGUCCACGGUUUAUUUAGUGGAGUUGGGAGUGCCUUUCGCCCGUCACUGCACAUUAACGUAACUAACACACCCCUCGUCCACACCAUCCUAACUGGUGGCCAUUUUCUUCUUUUGUAAUGGCAUAAGAUUAGGAUUGUACAGCUAUAGUAAAGUGAUUUUUGUUGUAAUUGAAGUCAACAGCUAGUUUUUAAUCAGUUAUGAUUGUUUUACUUGUCCUGCAUAGGUGUCCUGUGUUCAUGUUGAUGUGUAGAGAGCGUAGAUCCAUAUUGUAUCAUGAAUAAAUAUUGUACUAAAUCAUAUUUGAGGAAAUCCACCUCUAAAGAGAUGUAUAUAAUUGAAAUUCUUUAGGCAGUGUAUGUGGGUAUGAAAUUAACAAUGUGUGAAUAGUGAAAGCUCAUUUUGAAGUUUAUUGCCUGAUUUCCUAACCAAGACACAGGGCAGCACAAAACUCACAAGAACCGGUAAAAAUCCCCCACCCCACACAGAUUUCUUGCUCAAAUUGUGUCAUGAUCUGUCAGAAUAUUUUACUUUUAUAUGGUAUUUUAUAUUUAAUACAACCACUUAUCUCUGUUUAUUUGUUUAGUCACUGGAUGAAAGCAGACCAUUCCAUGUUUGAAUGAAUGGAAAUUGUUUGGAAAAGGCUGUUAGGGUCAGUCUUUCCAGCAAAAACAUUAAUCUACAUGUAGGACAGAACAAUAUAUGAUUUUUUCUGAGCAGGUUUGUCAUUUUUUGCUCAUCAAUAAAUUUACGUUUACAUUCUGCUCCAUGUACUUAAGCAUCCACGUUCAGCCUAUAAAAAAGAAAGAGGAGUGUGAGAGUAGGAGUGUUGAUCUCAUGUACUGAUCUCAGUGUCAGAUAGUAAUAUGAAAACUAUAGGCCUACUACUGAAUCACAUCUUGCAAAUGGCAUUGUCUACUAUUAGAUUCCUUUUUUUUUUUUUUUUUUUUUUUUGCUUUUAAACGGAAGGUGAGGUAAGUUGAGAAAUGUUGGAUGCUGCCCUCAUGCUCAUUCACUUUUCUACAUUCAGUGGCAAAUUUUGGUGAAGUUGGUGCUUGCUCAUGAACAAAAUAAAGGAUGAUGAGAUGGAAUUAA